UGACUCGCUCACAGUCAGCCCAUUGUUUACCGUCAUGCAGCUAAAACGUUAUACUGUCUUCAGACUGUAAUGUGACUCCUGUUUGGGUCCACCUCAUUAUUUUUGGUCCAAUCGGUUUGUCUCCUUCAUUUGCUCGGCGAGGAUGGAAAAGGAAGUGAAGGGCUGAGCUGGGAAAGUUCAACAACUGGUCGCUGCGAAAGCAGGUUGCGGAUUUAAAAGAAGAAAAGCACCAUGAACAUGUUCAGAAGAGACAAGGGGUCACCUGCCCAGACUCCUGUGGUUCCUCCAAGACCCACCAAAGAGGAGCUGGACAACCCCGUCAAACACGGCCUCAAAACGGAGGAUCCUGAAUCAAAUGCAGCCCUAAAGGAAAACACAAAUGAUCUUGACCCAAAGACAAACCAGAAGGCAGGAGUGAUGGGGGUUGUGCAGAAGGUCAGUCCCUUCAAGUCAUCGCUACAGGCGACCUCUUCGUCUUUGAAUGUCAGCCAAACUUCUUCCUCUGAAUCGUCAGAACAGGCAACAGACUCCACACAGAACCCUGGGAUGCUAAAAGGAGUCGUGCAGAAAGUGAACCCGUUCAAGUCCACCUCCCAGGGGCCUAAAACUCCACCCUCAGGCUCACUUGAAAAAGAAAGGAGCCCAGACUCAUCUCAGAGCCCUGGUAUGUUCAAAGGAGCCAUACAGAAAGUGAAUCCCUUCAAGGCUUCAGCACAGCCCAAAAGCGAUGCUCAAGGUGACCCUGCAAACACACAGGAGUCUGACAGACACCUUCAAGACAAACGGAAUCCAGGCGUGAUGUCAAGCAUGUUUCAGAAAGUCAACCCAUUCAAAUCCUCCCAGCCUAAGCCCCUUCAGGACACUCGGUCUCUACGCAGUGACAACUCCUCUUCCUCUGGAAGUCUAACGGACAACAAUGUGCCAGAGAAGCAGAAUCCCGGGAUGUUUAAAGGGAUGAUGCAGGAAGUAAACCCCUUCAAGUCACGCACACAGGUAACAUAUGACUCUUGUGAGAAUGACUCAUCUGUUCCUUCUAAUGUGACUGAGGUCGAGCGAGCUGUACACAGUGAGAACUCCAGCAGCUCUGAAAGUCUGGACGACAGCGCUAUAGAGAGACAUACUAUUUGGUACACAGACGCCGACACCACGCCUGAGGUGGGAAACCAGCCAACAGAGAUCUCAAGGAAAAAGACUGAGACUUUCAUUAUCAAAAGAAUUCUUCCCAAAUCGUUUUUUGGGUCUGGAUCCAAGGAGGACAUCGAGGUUCAAACACUACAGCUGGCUGAAGUACCAGUACCUGGUGAAGGAACACAACUGGACCCUCUGGAUGAUGAGGAAGGCCUCCUCUCAUGGUGGAAAACUGCUGAAGGAUGGGAUGAGUGGAAUGAAGCGAACCAGAAUGAUGAUGCUGAAGAAGUGGUGGAACAAGCCGCCGACCGAGUCUUCAUGGCCGCGCGCCUUUUCGUUCGCUUUUUCAACCAGCGCGGCGCCUCCCUCCAGCAGCGAAUCCUGGAGCUCCUCUCCUUGGCCGACUUGGCAGACAACUUCCACAAGAAGACGGUGACGGCCAGCGUGGGCGGCGGGGUGGCCAGCGUCGCCGGGUCAGUCACCACCAUCACCGGGCUCAUUCUGGCGCCCUUCACGGCGGGGACGUCGCUCAUCGUCACAGCGGUGGGCAUCGGCAUCGCCACGGCGGGCGGCGUGACGUCUGCCUCGGCCAACAUCACGGACACGUUGCAUUCAAAGACCGACCGCAAGAAGGUGGAGAAGAUGAUCCAAGACUACCAGGAUGAAAUUAAGGACAUCAAGGACUGCUUGGAGUUCUUACAGGAAGGGAUGGAGACGCUCGAGGAGUGGAACUUCGAGAAGUACGCCGAGAGCAUCUCAAAGAAGCACCUGAACCAGAACGUCAAACAUGUAAUGAAGGAGGGCGGUCGGGCUGGGAAGGCUUUGGUCAUCAACACAGAGAGCCUGAUCAGCACCGUCCAGGUUCUGAACGUCGCCGGCGGCGCUGCUAAAGCCGCGCAGGUGAUGAGCGUCACCACAGGGGUCAUGUCGGGCCUCUUCCUGGCCCUGGACGUGUUCUUCCUGGCGAAGGAUUCCAUGGAGCUGAAAAAGGGCGCCAAGACCGAGUUCGCCGCUAAGAUCCGAGAGGUGUGCAAGGACCUGCAGGACGGGUUGCUGGAGCUAAACCGAAUCAAAGAAGAGCUGCAAAAAACUAUGGAUGGGAUAGAGGUGGAGGUUGAGGAGGAGGAUGAGGAGAUGUUGAAGUCUGACCUGAAGAAGUUUAUUGAACUUGAAGAUUGAGGGGUGGUGGCUGCGUAUUUAAAAUGAAGCAUCCCAGUUUUAAGAAGACAGAGAAACUAAAAUGGUUUUGGUAGUUUUUUUUUUUCCUGUCGUUACUGAUAAGAUGUUACUUUUUUCUAAAAUAUUUUACUAGCUUCUUU